AUGGGCGCGAGUGAGUCAGAUGAGAUCAGUCAAGAAGCCCACCAGUUGCUACUCGACUCUGGGGGCGCGUUGGCCGGCGCCUUUCUCCGAGCCGCCGAGACUGCUGGACGGAUGGCGAAUCUGCUUGACAGACAGCCACUAUUGACACCAGCAUUGAUGCCCCCAGGCAGGCGUACAGGCAACAGAGUUGGGGAGGCCGUGGCUACGGCUAACUCGGGGGCCAGUGGUCCGCUGCUCGCGCAUCGUCUGCGGCAGACGACUCAGGUAUCAUGA